AUGUGCACCCGCCUUUUCCUUUGCGCGUUCGCGGCAAUCGCGAUAGCUGGCAACGGUCACGCUGCGAAAAUCCUCGGUCUAUUUCCUCAUACCGGAAAAAGCCACCAGAUGGUCUUCGAACCGCUGUUACGAAGUCUUGCGGAAAGAGGACACCAUGUUACUUCAGUUUCAUUUUUCCCGCUGAAAAAUCCUCCUGCGAACUAUACCGAUGUGAGUCUCGAAGGUAUUGCCGGCUUGGGAGUCGAAACGUUCGACUUGUCCAUAUACGAGGCCCCGAAUUUGCUCCUUAAAAUACCGAUAGUGAACAGAAUUUUUAAUCAGCUGAUGGCGUUUCACCCUUUAGCGGGAAUGGCGUUGGAUGUGUGCGGUAAGGCCCUCAAUUGGCCUCCAUUGAUUGAAGCACUUAAGUCAGAUUAUGAUGUUGUGCUCGUAGAGAAUUUUAAUAGUGACUGCAUGCUUGGACUUCUUCAUAUUUAUGGAAUAAAAUCGCCAGUUGUUGCUUUGUUAACGACCUAUUUAAUGCCGUGGUCAGGCAACAGAAUCGGUGUAUUCGAGAACCCGGCAUAUGUACCAGUUGUUAGUACUUCGUUCACAUCCCGCAUGACGUUUCUAGAUAGAUUGGAAAACACUUUUGUAUACUUAUAUCACAACUUCUGGUUUCGUUACUUAAUACAAGUAAAAGAGCGAGAACUGAUUGAGAAACGUUUUGGUAGAAAGAUCCCAGAUCUGCAAGAUUUGGGGAAAAACUAUUCGCUCAUGAUUGUGAACACGUUCCACGCUUUGAAUGGGGUGAGACCCACCGUGCCAGGUGUGGUUGAAGUUGGCGGUAUGCAUUUAGAUCACACAAGGAAAAUUAUACCUGAGCAGCUGGAAAGCUGGAAACCUUUUGGAACUCACUAUUUGUAUGUUUCUGUAUUGUUGGAAAAAUUAGAAGUAUAUUACUGGGAACGCUAA